GCUCGUUCUGCCCUCCUCGGAACCUCCCGCCUCAGAAUUGACUCUGCGCUGUCGGCGGUCGUCCUCUAUCUCUCUCUGUCACGCUUCUCCCCUCUCUCUUGAGCAAUGGCUGCGGCCACGAACGCUCCGACUCCGCCUCAGCCAACGGCCGCAUCUCCUCCCCGAUCUAUCCACCGGAAACCGGUGCCAACCCUGCCGCUGGGCCAGCAUGAUCGCAGCGACUCCCAGGGCAGCUCUGCCACGACCGACGUGCCGACUUCCGAUACGACCGAGUCGGCCACAAUACGGGCGUCGCCUGUCUCCCCCGUGAGGGUCAAUUUCCACCCCGACAAUUGGGCACGGCCGUCAAACGCGAGCAUAGAGGGCGGUCACAUACCCGCGUCGUCGGCGUAUACCGACGGUCGUGAACGGGAUUAUCCCCAGGCGUUACACCCUCACUCUCCUCGCAACAAUGCCUUCGACCAGACCAGGACUUUGACGCCUAAACAGCCCCCGUUCCCGGACCAACCCGGUCCUGGUCGGCUGCUGUCUCCCAGAUUCUCUAGCGAUCUCCCUCAUAGGUCCGCUCAAGAAAAGGUCCUGGACCCUGCUCCCGUGCCGACGGCCCCGGAACUAGCACACAUGAGAAAUUCGGCCACCCUAGAGAUGGACGACCAAAGCCUUACGGGGAGCUCUCGUAGCGAUGACCCGAACCGGCAUAGCCGUGAAUCAGAUACGACUGCGAGCACACAGAACCAAGCAUCAACGGAGGCGUCCAUCGAGACGAGCGCAAGCUCGGUAUCCGGGGGAUUCGGCGAUGUGUACGAGAGCAAGCUCGAGGAUACCGCUGAGGAUUCCUUCGCGGAUCACUCGGUGCCGCAAUUACAAUACCAUCACCAGCCGUUCCUCCCGCGAGUCUCCAGCCUCCCUCUAGACUCGUCAUCCAGAGACUCGUCGAAAUCCGACCUGGGGGAGGCUGGCACAGCCAUAAACCGCCAUCUCACUCCGAAUUCGUACGUGAGAAGGAGCUCGCUUCCUCGGCCUCAAUCGGCAUACUCGGGGUAUUCUGAAUUGGGGGCGCGUGGGCGCUCGCCCGGCUUCGGUGCCGGUCUUCCGCGUACCUCUUCAGCGCAGUCCCGCAAGUCUCCCGAGACCCGACCGGUGUCCUACGCAGAGCUACUCAACGUUCCCUAUCCUCAGCAGGCCCCGGCUCCCAUCACAUUCGAUAAUUCCUACCUGCGGAAUAACGUCGGGUCCAAUGCCUCCCUGUUGAGCGCGGCGAAAACGCUGGAGAUGUACCGGCAAAACGUCAAGAAGACAAACGACUUUUCCAUUCAGUAUUCGUUUGCCGUCUUCUUGAUUUCGACGGCGCAGGAGCAAGGUUUGAAUUCGGACCAGCUGUCUCGGAGAAAAGGUGGUCCGAAGGCAAAUCCGCAGCAGCAGGACGGGUCGGAGUCUUCUCCAGCUGAGUUAAUCCGAGAAGCUAAAAGCAUAUUAACGAGGCUAGCCAGCGCGGGUUAUCCCUUUGCGCAGUACUACCUAGCCGACGGUUUCGCUUCAGGCCUGUUCAACAAGGGCAAGGAGGACUACAAUGCCGCUUUUCCCCUCUUCGUGUUGGCUGCGAAGCAUGGUCACGCUGAGUCUGGUUAUCGCGCCGGGCUAUGCUACGAAUUCGGGUGGGGUUGUAGAAAAGACCCGGCCAAGGCCGUACAGUUUCUCAGAACGGCGGCAUCCAAGAAUCAUCCCGGCGCCAUGACAAGGCUCGGGAAGGCCUGUCUCUCCGGAGACCUCGGAGAAAACCGGUAUAGGGAGGGUGUGAAAUGGCUGAAGCGCGCCACCGAGUCAGCAGACGCCAUGUAUAAUGCCGCCCCGUAUCACCUUGGCGUGCUGUACGAAACCGGCUACGGCGCCGAUAUCUUCAAGGACGAGAGCUAUGCGGCCGAGCUGUUUACCCAGGCAGCCGAGCUCGGACAUGCCGAGGCGAGCUUUCGCAUGGGAGAUGCUUAUGAGCACGGCAAGCUAAACUGCCCGCGAGAUCCGGCCUUGAGCGUCCAUUUCUAUACUGGUGCGGCAGAACGCGGUCAUGCCGCAGCCAUGAUGGGAUUGUGUGCUUGGUACAUGGUGGGAGCCGAUCCGAUCCUAGAGAAGGACGAGGAGGAAGCCUAUGAGUGGGCACGUCGGUCUGCGGACCUUGGGUUCGUAAAGGCUCAGUAUGCUGUGGGUUAUUUCACGGAAAUGGGAAUAGGCUGCCGCCGCGACAUACUGGAAGCCAAUGUGUGGUACGUUAAGGCAGCCGAUGCCGGCGACGAGCGGGCAAAGCAGAGACUGGCUGCUAUCCGAGCCGCCGCAAGCGGGGGCACUCCUAUGGACGUCGCCCCCCCACGAAACUCGAAAAUGAGGAAGAAUCAAGCUAAGGACGACAAGGAUUGCGUCGUAAUGUAAUAUGUGUCCUAGGCGACGAGACUCCCCAAAUAUGCGGAAGGGGCAGGCUCGGCUUCCAGCAACGAGGCACGCUCAUUGUGGACGCGGCUCAGAGUUACUCACUCAACGA